CGUUUCAGGAUGAUGGAGAAGAUGCCCACGAUGGGUGCCACGUCGCCGGAGAACCCGUCUGGGAUGCACACGACGACGACGACGACGACGACGACGACCCCGUGUCCUGCGAAUGCCAGUGCAGUACCUGAGCAAGCUCUUUCGAUGCAAUUUCACAUGCCGUUCUUCGCAAAUCCGUUCAUGUCGCCGUUCAUGCCUCAGCAAGGGAUGGCAGCUGAUGUUGGUGUGAACGCAACUAUGCCUGCAUUUUUCUUCUCUCCAGCCCAGUAUCAGGAAAUGAUGCAGCAGUAUUUCACUUAUAUGAUGUCAGCUAAUCAGUAUGGCAUGAACAUGGCGUUCCCGAUGCCUUUUGGAGCUGCAUUGGCACGACCUGGUAGCCAGCGUAAAUCGAAUGGUAUCGAGUCAUCUUUUGAGAAAGGGUCAACAAAAAGUGAAGGAGAGGAGACGUACAAGUCACCUAAGGCGAAAUUGGAAAGGAAAAGCUCACUACCAACAGAAGAUGAAAAGACAACGAAUCUAAUUCGGAAACAAAUGAGUGAAAUCGAGAAGGAAAUCACCCGUAGAUCCCAAAAUAAAAACGUCAAAAAGGCAAGUUGUCUGUCCGUCCUUGCUGAAAUUCUUCCGCAUAUUGUUCAACCGUCUACUUCUGCUGGUAAACCAAGCUUGAACCAGCUCAGAUCAUCAUUUAAUCUUCCUAAUUCUGGGACUACACCGGUUAGGUCUCAUCACCAUGCUUAUGAUAGCACAACGACACCUGUAACAUUAACACCUCAACAAGUAUGUUGGGUUCCUUUUUUAAACUACUUACUACUUCAUUCUAAUCUACCACAUGGAACGUCGCAACAAUUAUUCAACCCACUUAUCCUAGAGCUCUUAGAGACAUUACCAGUAAAUCGGCGUUCUAGUCAGUCUGCUCAUUCAAACGCUGGGUGGCUGGAUGAUAAUAAAGAUAGUGGGACUUCCGAAGAGCCUAUAUGGGUGCUUCGAGAUUCUUAUUUGAAGAGGAUGCAGCGCGAAGGGAAAGACCAGGUGUUUUCUUCUGAGUGCUUGCACGAAUUUGGCAGUGGAAACAACAUGACGUCUGCCGCUUCUUCGGUUUUAUCAGAAGGCGUUGUUGAUGGUGAAGAAGUGGAAACUGACCGCCUUCUCCUUGGAGGGACUGGUGAUUCUUCUCACACUCCACCUUCAUCAGGAAAUCACGACAAGAAGAGGAACAAAGAAGCAAUGGUCCAUGAACCUGCGGUUUUGAUUGAAGGAGUACUGUUUCGUGCUCGUUAUCUUGGUUCAACGCAAAUGAUGUACGAGAGUAGAGGCAGUAAAAUGGCUAGAAUGGCACAAGCUCAAGAAGCUGUUGGAAGGGUUAAGGCUCCUGAAGGGGAGAUCCAACCUAGCACGGAGAUUGAUUUGUUCAUUUCAACAGAGAAAAUAAUGGUGCUUAAUACAGACCUACAGGACAUCUUGAUGGAUCACGCACUGCGCACUAUUUCUUACAUUGCGGACAUCGGUGACUUGGUAGUAUUGAUGGCUCGAAGAAUGUCUGCUAGCAGUAGCGACGAGAAAUGUGACCAAGUUGAUGGUGUGCGGAAAACACCAAAAGUAAUAUGCCACGUGUUUGAAUCCGAUGAGGCGUCUUUCAUCGCACAGUCUAUUGGACAAGCUUUUCAGGUUGCGUACGUUGAGUUUCUACGGGCAAAUGGCAUUGAUGAUCCUUCAUAUCUAAGACAAAUCGACUACCAGGAGGUGUUGAACUCUCAAGAGCUUCUCGGCGAUGAACUAGAAAUGUUUGCACGAAAAGAAACGCAGAAAGACGUAGUCGUUCCGAAAAAGAAUGGGGAGCCUUUAGGAAUAGUGGUGGUUGAAUCAGGUUGGGGAUCAAUGCUUCCAACAGUGGUGCUGGCCCACAUGAAUCCUUCCGGACCUGCGGCCCGCUCUAACCAGCUAAAUAUUGGUGACCAAAUCAUCAAUAUCAACGGGAUUUCUCUAGUUGGGCUUCCAUUAUCAGCAGCUCAAACCAAUAUAAAAAAUGUGAAAACAGCUACGGCAGUUCGACUGACUGUUGUAUCCACCCCACCUGUUGUUGAGGUGAGAAUACGACGGCCGGACACCAAGUAUCAAUUAGGAUUCUCCGUUCAAAACGGUGUCAUUUGUUCACUAUUGCGAGGUAAUGUUGUUUUAUGUGGAAUCGCUGAACGAGGCGGAAUUCGCGUCGGACAUCGUAUCAUUGAGAUCAACAACCAAUCGGUGGUGGCCGUCGCACAUGAUCGAAUUGUAAAUAUGCUUGCAACGGCGAUUGGCGAAAUUCACAUGAAGACCAUGCCGACGAGUAUGUUCCGUUUGCUUACUGGCCAGGAUCCCCCACAGUACAUCUAG